UGCCAUUUAGUGUCCCGCUUUGUUACUAUUUAUUGGGUAUCAAGCAUCAAUAUGGGAACUGGGUUUCUAUGAAGACAUCUGUAUUCUUUUUCUAAGAUUUGAACGAUGCCGUUUUCCCACGUGUCGGUCGUCUUUAACCUGCAAAUACUAUUGUAAACAAUUUGUAAUGUAAGUGCUCAAAUAGAUGCGUAGUGGAAAUAGUUGAUAGUACUUACAAGUUACUGUCCGAAAUUUCCUGCAAACUACGCGUGAGUCAAUAUCCUAACAUUUGAAUUAUUCGAUUUCAAUUUUUCUCUAUAACUUGUCCUGAUGUUUACAUUUGGGUGUAAAUAGAGUAAACAUGUGGUGUGCGUAAUGGAAUGAUUUGAAGAUAUGUCAUGCAAUUUUUGGCACAAUGGAGGUUAAGAGUAUUUACAAUUUACCAAUUACGCCAUUAGUGACGGCUAUGUUUUCUGUAAAAUGGUCGGAAGAUAAUCAAAUAUCUAUAGCAACGGAGAAGGGUAUUUAUAUACUUGAAUUGAAGCCCACACCAUUGUCUACACAGCAAGCAUUUAUAUUCUCCCGUUCUUUUAUCUAUCCCUCUGAAUGGUCACCGAUGAAAGAGUUUUCAUCAUGCAUUAGUUCCACGGUAUGGACUUUAGAUCGUGAGGAACUUUAUCUUCUAUUAAUGGAGGAGUUUAUCACACCUCGACUACCAGAUGCCAAUGAAGCUGUUCCAAGAAUCAUUGAUUUGGCAUGGUCUCCUCAGCGAUUGGCUUCACCUUUGAACUGUCUCCUUGCCAUUAUCACAUCAAUUGGAGCUGUCAAUUUAUGCUAUAAGCCAUCUAGAUUUUUCAAAAAGUGGCCAUCCAUAUGUAACUUGUCGGAGAACUGGUUAAAUGCUAUACAGGAAGAGCUAGAAAUAAAUAAUAUACCUUCCAUGGACAAAAGCUAUCGAUACUCAGCAUUGAUAACAAAUGCUAGACGUUUACAAGCAACUGCAUUGACAUGGAGCAAUUUGUACGAACAUCAAACAUGCUUUGCAUACCUUACUAUUGCAUAUCGCAGUACAGAUAUAGCAAUAUGGAAAAUUCCAAAGAUACAAGAAUUUAGUGAAUCAAUUUCACCGAUUAUAGUUUUCAAGACAAGAAUGAAGCAUGAUGACAAUAUCAAGAUUAAUGUUAUUCGAUGGAUCGACCUUUUAUGCAAUAGAUGUCUUAUAAUUUUAGCAUAUUUUAAUGGUCUAAUCGAAGGUCUCUGUAUAGAUCGAAAUAAGGAUGAUUUUCAGUUGGAAUCCUUAGAAAAAUAUUGCUCUUAUGCAGACCACAUUCCUGUAAGCUUUAUGGAAAUACUAAGUCACAAUGAGAAUGGGGCUAAAGUUUUAGUCUGUAAAAACUGGUUCUUAAUGUUAUUGGAUAUUGACAACAAGGGAGUGUUAUUAGAUCUUCAGUACUUACAACUUGAAGGCUACUGUAUAUCUGGAUUAACAUUAAUCAGUGAGGAUAAAGUUUUAGCUACUACCCAGGAUGGAAAGCUGUUCUAUAUAAGACUGAAGGAAGGGCGCUUAAUCAGUAGAAUGGCAAAACAUAAUUUCCCCAAAGAUCGAAUGCAAUAUUUGGGACUAGCAGCAUCGCCCAAUCGAUGUAUCGUUGUCAAUGUAAGUAGUCCACAUUGCAUGUAUGAUCACUUGGUAGUCCGGGAGCCAACAAAACUUCGAUUCUGCACCCUGGAGGGAACGCUUUGGGAUCCAUUGGAAAUAAUCAGUCGAAGCAAAAUAACUUCUAUAUCGAAUAAAUGGGACUGCCUGGAGCUGCUGCGUUUGAAAGUCAUCAAAUCUGGAGAUCUUGAUUCAGUAAUUCCAAAUCGGUGUCAAGACUCGGAGACGUUAUCGAUAUAUAAGCUGCGAGUGUUAAUGUGGACUUCUAUCAUCACAGAAGCUGUUAAAAUGAAGAGAAGUCAACGUAGCUUAGAGACUAUAACCGACGAUAUUGUAGAAGUGCAACCUUUAGUGACCGUGUUUGCAAUUUCUGAUCACGUUCAGCGUUUAGCUAAAUCUUCAGCUUUGACGGAAAAUGAUCUUUUGUGCAUUAUGUUAGUUAGAAUGUAUUUAGAUGUGUACCUAGCAGGUGAAGAUAAUGAAAGUAAUCCUGUCGCAGAUUGUGCCAGAAAAACAUUAGAAGUAACGUCUCACAUAAGGACACCAGAAGUAGAGCUCUGCGAGAUCUGUGGGGAUGUUAUAACAGAACUUCACUGGUAUCUUGUUACAUGUUCUUCGGGACACAGAUUCCCUAGGUGCGCUUUAACAUUUCUCCAUGUAUCAUCCCUAAGAUACAGGUCGUGUCCAAUAUGUCUCAGGGUCUUACAUCCAUGUCUUGAUAGAUGGUAUGAAUGUCCUAGGUGUCCUUUUUGUGAAGUUCCUGCAUUAUAUGAUGAUCGUAUUGUUUGCGAUAAUGAUCUUGUUCAUCAGGAACCUUCGAUGCAACAGGGUUGCAGAUGAAGUAAUUCCUGUUAAAAAGCAUUGUAGAAAUGAACUGAAAAUAGACAAGUCUAUUAAGGUCAAGUGAAUCCCUCAUAUCAGUCGGCUUGAAUAUGACUUCUUUUUAAGGGUAUUGGAUCGAACUGUCUAAGGCCCGUAUUCAUAGUCCGGACUUAAAAUGCAGUUCAACUGCGAUUUGCGUGAACCUUGCUCAAGCCACAAAUCGUAGUUCAAACGACUCCUAUAUUCAUGGGC